AUGUUCCAUCGACCCAUUCGCAUCGGCAACUGCUCUGGGGCAAUUAAUGAUGGCAUUGACCAGAUAUAUCGCCUCGCGAAGCAUGGUCAGGUCGACGCCAUCACUGCCGACUACCUUGCUGAGUUCAACAUCGCGUGGAAAGCCAUAGAGCUUCAGAAAGAUCCUGCGUCAGGCUAUGAACCGAAUUUUCUUGAGCAGAUUGCCUGGCACAACGGUGAUGCAGCGCGACUCGUCGCCAAGAAGCGUAUCAAGAUUGUGCACGAUGGUGGAGCGCUCAACCCCCGAGGUCUGGCGGAGAAGACAGACGCCUAUCUUCAGAGUAUCGGAAUCCACAACUUGAAGAUUGCGUGGGUAAGCGGCGAUGAUGUUACAGAGAAAGUUCGCAGUGGCGGCUUUGGGACAAUUCCUCACCUGGAUCAACCAGGCGUGCAGCUACGUCUUGAGAACGAGAAGUUGCUGGCUGCGAAUGUCUACACUGGAUAUGCUGGCAUCGUCAGGGCUCUGGCCGAAGGUGCGGACAUUGUCAUAUGCGGGAGAUGCACAGAUGCUUCACCGGUUAUGGGCCUCGCGGCCUGGUGGCACGGGUGGAAGGCAACAGACUAUAAUGCGUUGGCCGGCAGCCUCAUGGCUGGUCAUCUCAUUGAAUGCGGUCCAUACGUCACGGGCGGCAACUAUUGCGGUCAACGCGAACUCCUGGACAUGCAGAGAUUGGGGUGGCCGAUUGCCGAGAUCGACAGCGAAGGUGGUGUCGUUAUCACAAAGCCUGAAGGCUCAAACGGCAUUGUCACUGUCGACACAUGCAAAGCACAACUGUUGUACGAGAUCCAAGGGCCAAUAUACCUCAACCCUGAUGUCAUUGCUAACAAUCACGGUGUCAAACUCACGCAAGUCGGCACUGACCGCGUACGUCUCAGCAACAUCAAAGGCCUUCCGCCGCCGCUGACAGCCAAGCUUGCGGUGUGUCUACUUGGGGGCUUCCAAGCUGAGAUCUCUAUCUAUGCUGCAGGACUUGACACGGAUUUCAAGUUCAAUGUACUCAAAACCCAAGUCCUCAAGACCAUUGAUCGAUCCGCCUUUACGACAUUCACGAUUGAAAAGUACGGCACUGCACAGCAUGAUCCGCGCUCGCAAGCAGCUGCAACCGUGCAGUUCCGCAUCUUUGCGCAGGGCUCUCGGGCUGAGGCCUUUGACGACUUCAAGCGCGCCGUGUUCUACAACGGUCUUCAAGGUUUCUGCGGAUUCCACGCGGGUAUGGAUUGGCGGACCUUGGUACCAAGGCCGUAUGUCAAGUACUUUCCGGCGUUGGUGCAGCAGGAUAAGGUCCCAAUGGCGGUGCAUUUCAUCGACGGAAAGAAAGAUGCCGUAUUAAUACCUGCGAGAGACGCAAAGGACUGUGUUCAAGCCCCGACACAGCCGACUGAUGAGCCGAAAAGUGCCGCGUCGUCCUCAAUGAUGGCCAAGAUCUUCCCUCCCGGGAUGACGCGACGACCGCUGGGAGACCUCGUUUUGGCAAGAAGCGGUGACAAAGGAGGAAACGCGAACAUCGGUUUCUGGGUCAGAGAUGAAAGUGCAUAUGCAUGGCUUCAAGGCUACUUGACAAGCCAACGUGUCAAGGAAUUGCUAGGGGAUGACUGGGACGAUAGGUAUCAUAUCGAGAGGUGCGAGUUUGUCAACUUGCAGGCGGUGCACUUUGUCAUCAAGGGCAUUUUACAGGACGGAGUGAGCAGCAGCAAUGUGCUCGACGGAUUUGCCAAAAGUAUGGGCGAGUUUGUCAGGGCCCGAGUCAUCGAGAUGCCAACUGAGCUUGUCCAGAAUGAAGCACAGCGGAGGAAGAUGUUAGCGGCCAAUGCCGGCCGGCCAAAACUGUGA